CGCCGGGGAGGUCCCCGAAAACCAGGUGGAGGUGGUGGUCGCAAACCUCACCGUCAUGGACCGAGAUCAGCCCCAUUCGCCCAACUGGAAUGCCUUCUACCGCAUCCUCAGCGGGGACCCCUCAGGACACUUCAGCAUCCGCACGGACCCCGUCACCAAUGAGGGCAUGGUCACCGUGGUGAAGGCAGUCGACUACGAGCUGAACAGGGCGUUCAUGUUGACUGUGAUGGUCUCCAACCAGGCGCCCCUGGCCAGCGGGAUCCAGAUGUCCUUCCAGUCCACAGCAGGGGUGACCAUCUCCGUCAUGGACAUCAACGAGGCGCCCUACUUCCCCUUGAACCACAAGCUGAUCCGCCUGGAGGAAGGUGUGCCCACCGGCACCGCGCUGACCACGUUUUCGGCAGUGGACCCUGACCGGUUCAUGCAGCAGGCCGUGAGGUACUCCAAGCUGUCAGACCCAGCAAACUGGCUGCACAUUAACGCCACCAACGGUCAGAUCACCACGGCCGCCGUCCUCGACCGCGAGUCCCUCUACAUCAGAAACAACGUCUAUGAGGCCACCUUCCUGGCGGCUGACAACGGGAUCCCCCCGGCCAGCGGCACUGGGACCCUCCAGAUCUACCUAAUUGACAUCAACGACAACGCCCCCGAGCUGCUGCCCAAGGAGGCACAGAUCUGCGAGAAGCCCAGCCUGAACGCCAUCAACAUCACAGCGGCCGAUGCCGACGUUGACCCCAACAUCGGCCCCUACGUCUUCGAGCUGCCCUUCGUCCCAGCCGCUGUGCGGAAGAACUGGACCAUCACCCGCUUAAACGGUGACUACGCCCAGCUGAGCCUGCGCAUCCUGUACCUGGAGGCUGGCGUGUACGACGUCCCCAUCAUCGUCACCGACUCCGGGAACCCCCCGCUGUCCAACACGUCCAUCAUCAAGGUCAAGGUGUGCCCGUGCGAUGAGAAUGGGGACUGCACCAGCAUCGGCGCGGUGGCCGCGGCCGGUCUGGGCACCAGCGCCAUCGUGGCCAUCCUCAUCUGCAUCGUCAUCCUGCUCACCAUGGUCCUGCUGUUCGUCGUGUGGAUGAAGCGCAGGGAGAAGGAGCGCCACACCAAGCAGCUGCUCAUCGACCCCGAGGACGAUGUGCGUGACAACAUCCUCAAGUACGACGAGGAAGGGGGCGGUGAGGAGGACCAGGACUACGACCUCAGUCAACUGCAGCAGCCGGAGGCCAUGGAGCACGUGCUGAGCAAGGCCCCCGGCGUGCGGCGGGUGGACGAGCGGCCCGUGGGCGCCGAGCCCCAGUACCCCGUCAGGCCUGUGGUGCCCCACCCGGGAGACAUCGGGGACUUCAUCAACGAGGGACUCCGCGCCGCUGACAACGACCCCACAGCACCCCCCUACGACUCCCUGCUGGUCUUUGACUACGAAGGGAGCGGCUCUACGGCGGGCUCCGUCAGCUCCCUGAACUCGUCCAGCUCCGGGGACCAAGACUACGAUUACCUGAACGACUGGGGGCCCAGGUUCAAGAAGCUGGCAGAUAUGUACGGAGGGGGCGAGGAGGACUGAGCAGCGUCUCCUCCCCGGAUGCUGGCGGAGCGGGACCGUGGGAGGCGCCGGGCUUCCCGACUCCCUGCGGACGUGUCAUUUAGUGGUGUGUUAGGGGGUCCCUCCCCGCCCCAGCCCCCCCAACAGUGAGCUGUCUGGCAUGAACACUUCUCGCCCCGCGGCGCGCCCCCCACCACAGGAGCUGACUAGCACUGAAGGACAGCGAGAGGCACUCUGUCUUAACUUGAAUUUCUUAGAACAGAAGCACUGUUUUUAAAAAAAAAAAAAAAAAAGAAAAAGAAAGUGCCUUUUGGUACAUGUAUCAGAUUCCCUCAAACUCAGGAGUGACGAAAAGCAAGCAGACAGACCACGUACGUCCCCCCAACCCCAGUCCUGAGCACCCCCAGCCCCAGCUAGUCCCAGCUCUGAAGACACCAAUUAAGGAAUCGGGGAGAAUGUGUCUUUUUUUUUUUUUUUUUGGUCUUUUAUUAAGAAAAAAAGUGGGUGAUUUGUUUAACAAAAUUUACAAAGAAAAAUGUUGGGGUCCAAAUCCCAAGAGCCCUUCUGAGUCCUCGACCUUUGCUGUACACUGUCGGGGUCUCCUGGGCCCUCGGGCGGCCCCGAGGCUGGAGGGAGGCCAGAGGCCAGCCACAGAAGGCUCCCCGGAGGCGGGCCCAACCCGUCUACCAAAGGCACCACGGUGCGCACUUGGCUUUCACCGAGUUUUGGGGCUCGGUGAUGCCCUGAUGCCGCAUGUAGCUGGGGCGGGUGGGGUGCCAAGGGGGCUUUCCUGAUGAUCACCAUCUCUGCCCUUGGUUGUCCCCCGGGCCCCCCCAGUCAACCAUUAGGCCUCCCCCGGAGACAACUGUUACCCCAGAUGCCACGCAGGUCCCGUUGCCUUUGGUCCAGAAGAGUACAGCGUCUCCAGAAGCCACAGCCCAAACCAGCCAGCAUCCCCGAACACCCUGGCAUGAGCCCCCCACUCCUCACAGUCGGAUCCCUGGAGGACCCCGUCAAAGGCCCAGCCCCUGACAACCAGACGCUUCCAGCCACCCCGAGGGCUGUGCGGACGGCAGAGAGAGCUGGGAACGUGCACCACCAUCACCAGCCGCUAGCAGCCUCUCUCCCCGGCCCUGCCGCCUGGACCAGAGUCUCUCAUGCUCGUGAACCGACGGGGACAGCAAAGAUCUGCUCCAAGUGGCCGGGACAGCCUGUCAUUGUUGUGCCAUCAGUCCCUCGGAUGCGUCUGGACUGCACCCACCUGAAACAACAACCGGUCUCCUCUCCUCGGGACCCAGGCCGGCACCGAGCCGCUGCUCGGACUCUCAGAACGGAGCUGCCCCUUGCUUGGAUGGUCUGACGCGCAAGCCAGACGCCAGUCUGUUCCCAGGACAGUGAACGGCGCUCACUGUGUCCCAGGGACCCUCCAGGGAGACCCUGCUACGUGGGAGCACCCUGGUCUGUUCACAGGCUCCCCAAGAAAGAGGUUGAGGGGUACCCUGGCCCUGGGUGGGACUUGGCAUUGGACUGCCCUUGGGGAAGCGGCUUAGAGCCCCAUCCCAGAGCCCUGGGUCAGAAAAAGCCCCGAGAACCUGGGGAGGUGGGGAGGGCGGGGGCUCAGCUUGCUCUUCAUGCUCUCGGCCUGAGGGUCUUUGAUGCAAUCCUCAGCCUAGGGCCUGUCCCCAAGGCUAAGGUGACCCUGUUUUCCAAACAGCUUUGGCCCAAGAGCGUACGUGAGGGUAUGUGCGUGCAGUAGGCACGGCUGUGUCCCCACUGUGUGUCAGGGUUCCUCCCCAGACCAAACUCCUCACUGACCCCGCUGCUCUCCCAGAGCUGAGCCGGGCCUGUGGCCUGAUGGCGGGCCUGUAGCGGGCUCUGUCCCUGACCCCAUCCCGACUGCCGGGGGAGGACGGGAGGGAUGAAGGAGGUCCCCGUGUCACAUGCUGGGUGCCCCUCCAUGCAGACAGCCACCUCCAGUCAGGGGGAGGGUGGCCCGCCAAGGGGAAGAGGCCGGGACCCCUGUCCAAAGCCGUACUAUGCAGAUGGCUCAGGGCCAGGCAAGGAGAGCUGUCCCCGCGUCUGGGGACCUGGCCAUUCCAGGGACUACUGGCAGGGUGAGGGCUGGUGGGAUGCGAGCGGGAAUCUUCUGUGUUUUGUUUGUGUUUGGAAAGUUCAUCCUCCUGUUGAACUUCUAAGUGUGACCAUGGUCUGGGAGCUGAGGCAGCUGUGGACUCUCCUCUGAAAUCUCAAGACCCCCUGGGUCCCCAGGGCCCUGGGCCUUCCUAGGGACAGAGGUGCCCGGCCCAGGACCCAGCCUGCUGCACACCGAUCCCUCGGACCCCGGCACAGGUGCCCGUCUCCCCUGCCUCCCUCUGGCUCCCCACCCCACACCCCUGCCCCGCACCACUGCCGGGCCCGUGGUGCAUUUUGCCUAAAUCGUGCAGGCUGGGGCUGGGGGGACACUGAUGGGGGACUUCUCGUGCCCGUCCCUGCCUCCGAACGGCUACACAGCCGCCCCUCUCACUUGCCCCACCAGUCCCUGGGGGCCAGAGAAAGACGGGGUUCCCACGCCCUCCCACACCCACCUCGGAACUCCGUUCUGAGGUCCAGUUAGCGUUAACUAAGUGCACAGUGUCAAAUGCCUCUCAUGUAGCUUAUAGACACGACGUGCCCCUGGUCGGGCCGGCCGCGGAGGCCCAGCCUCCUCGCUGGCAAAGUGCUAGGGCAUAGCCUAGUUUCUGUAGGGAGUUUUGUUCUGUGAACAGGAGAAACCCGCGCUGUGGGGUGGAGCGGCAUGGACGUGACCGUGGUCAGGGGCACCCCAGCCGAGGACCCCCGUGUCUGUCUGGGCCUCACACCCCGCUCCUUCCCUUUCCCGUGUCUCUCAGCACAUCCGAAUGCUGGGCCCCCCACCACCAAAGUGUCAGAGUAACACACGUCAGGUCCCCGAGAUGCCUCAGUUUCCCUAGGGUGAGCACUGGCCGACACACCUGGUCCUUUGAGGGGGCAGCUCUGUUCUCUCCAAGGGAAAAGGUUAGAGGAGGGGAGUCUCACUUUUUGUCAGUGCUACAAAAGCACUAAAAACACCCGAAGUCUCCCAUGCACAGAGCACCCUGUGAACUCGCUCACACAGCGCAGUGCCCAGAAGACAGGUCCUGCUCAGCGCGGCACGCCCAGCGGGGGGCCACCUCCGUGUAUAAUUGGAACGCGUUUCUUUUCCUUUCCUCUCCUUUUUCCAUUCUGACUUUUUUUUUGCAUGUUUCUUUUUGAAAAUGGACAAAAUGUGUAACAGCCCCCGCAUGACUGUGGUUGUUUUGGGGAAAGAUACUGGAGUAUGAUGUAUUCACACUGCAACUCUGAGCAUCGUGCAGUUAGGCAAACGUCCCGACUUUUUUUGUAAUCGUCAACAGCACAACUAUUUUGUAUUGUUGUUUGUAUCAUUUUGUACCAAAAAAAAAAAAAAAAGAAAGAAAAAAAAGGGAAGCGCGUCGAUGUUUUCUGUGUUUUUAGUGCCAGGCGGUCUUGGUUCGGAACUGAGCGGCAGCUCUGUGGGGUGUCGUGUGCUGGAGCGGAGCCGGGCACUGUGGGCACACUGCUCCACGGGAGUCAAUAAAGUCCCCCUUUUAAA